AUGAGCGAAGGCCGUGAGAAGGCUCGUCCAAGUCCAUCAUCGAUGGUUCCAUUUCCUAGAGACCCAGAUUUUGUCGAUCGGUCAGAAAUUAUUGUGCGAAUAAACGAGGGAUUAUCUCAGCCAGGAGCAAGAAUAGGUUUAGCCGGGAUUGGGGGUGUUGGGAAGUCCCAACUGGCCGUCGAAGCCUCAUAUCGACUCCGGCUUCACAAUUCGCAGAUAUGGGUCUUCUGGAUCUAUGCAGGGAGUGCUGCCCGAUUCAAGCUGAGUUUGGAAGAGAUUGCGACUCGAACAGGAAUCCAGGGCCAGGGAGAUCCCGGAGCGAAUGUAUUCGAGUUAGUUGAGGCAUGGCUCAAUAGUGAAGAAAGUGGCAAGUGGGUGAUCAUACUCGAUAACGUUGAUGACGAUCGAUUCCUUCGUGAGCGCCCGGCACCCGACCCACCAACGCAAGAGAAGCCGCGCAAGCCCUUGCUCAACUAUAUCCCAAAAACCCGUGGUGCAGUCGUUGUGACUGGUCGGAAUGAAAAAGCCGUUGUGAAGAUUGUUGCUCGCAGGAACCUGAUUCAGAUCAAGCCCCUACUAGAGUCUGAGGCUAUUGAUCUUCUGCACAAGAAACUUCUACUGCCUGGGCAUGAAACAAAAGUCAGCAACCUAGACACUUCAAAGAGACUUGUCAGAGAACUAGGCUUCUUGCCAUUGGCCAUUUGUCAAGCAGCCGGGUUCAUUUCUUAUUUUUCACCACGUUGCUCAGUCUCUCAGUAUCUUGAGAAAUUCCUCAACAGCGAUCAUAGUGCCGUCAUGCUCUUAGAACAUGAAGUACCCGAGGAGGACUCACUCAAUAGAGACUGGGAGGCAGAGAACUCCAUCGCAACGACGUGGCAACUUUCAUUCGAUCACAUUGCGCGAGUACACCCUCCUGCCGCGGAUUUAUUAUCAUUGAUGUGCUUUUUCGAUCGCAACGAAAUCCCAGAAUGCGUUCUCAAGGUGCCACCGAAAAGCUCCACGCAACAGACGGGGUUGGAAAGCAACAACAAGAAAAGAUCACACUCAGAAAUGGAAGACUCAGAUCAAGAGUUCGCCGUCAAUAUCGGCGUUUUGAGAGAUUUCGCCCUCGUCACCAUGAUCAGUAGCAAAUCCUUUACCAUGCAUAAGCUUGUACGAUUGAUUACCCAGGCCUGGCUGCGGAAACAACUGGACAGGUUCGACUUCUGGUAUACGCAAUUCAUCAAUAAUCUUCGCCGCGAGUUUCCGAGAAAGUUCGAGAAAGCCGAGGAUCUCGAAAAGGGCCAUCUCCUCUCUCCGAGUAUUUUCCAGAUCUAUUCUUUUGCCGUUGAACGGCAGCAAAGAUCGAAACACCCCCAGCCAGAAAUGACAGCUGGAGAAUAUCAUCUACUUGAGAUGAUACGACUCUACGAAACAAACGCUAGAGAGAGGGCCAUGAUAGACUUUCUCAACGAUAAGAUGGCCCUUGCCAUUCGACGGCUACACCGACGAAUAGCGGAAAUCCCACCAAAUCUAAACUCUGAGUCCGGUGAAAUGCUGCGACUUGACACAGAGAGUCUAAUGCACGACAACCAGCUGGAUAUCAACCGGAGGCUUCCCAUGUUAGCCGCAUCUCAAGAGCACUUUCAAGACAUAGACAAUAUGAUGAAGCGAGUGGAUGAGUCUGGUCAAAAUAUUACUGUUCCCUUUACCGAUGCACUGGCCUCUGGAUUGGAUUUCAUGAAAAGUGUCAUAUCUACUUCUAAUACAAGCAAGGUAAUUGGCCUGGCAAGCAGGAUACUCAGGUGCUGCGAGGAAAUAGACAAGGAAUUUAUGGAGAAUUACGGAGCUCAACAUUCAUCAUAA